AACUUUUGGAUGUCGAGCAAGGUUUUACCUUUUACGCAAACCAAAUUAACAAAUUAAAGCCUAGAGGCUAGAUGAUCUAUACGAAGCAAAGAAAGCUUAAAAUCUGUUAAUCGUAAGUAACACGUAUUAUCGAUUGAUAUUAAUGAUAAACAUCAUGCCCAAACACUAAUUAACGAAACUCAAAAAAAUGUAGUGCACGAAUGACGCAGAGGGUCCUGUAUAUACUGUAGUAUAAAUAUUGUAUCAUCAUUUUAUGUUGUUGUAAUACAACGGUUGUCAGUGUUAAAAUGUAUUGACACAGGUUUGCUUACCGAAAUCUUAUUAAGUUCAAAUAAUAUGCACUUACCGGUUAGUUCUUAAUUUGUUUCCUAGUGUAAGGGCGGGGCGCUCCGCCCUCCUGAGUAGCUAUUCGCUGUUUCUGGGGAUUUCCACCCCGCACAUUGCUGCGCUGUUUUGACGGAUCUGCAGCACAGUUGCACUGGCUGCAGAUUCCUUCCUUGUUAGUCUGGUGUUGCUGCGCCACGGUGCGCAUUAGAUUCGGCAAUAAAGCCUCAUCCGGGUUCACCGCUGUUCGCUGUCGAGGAUACGCGUGGCGCCCAUACGGCCCCGCGUUAUACUAGAUCCUCCAUUUGCUGGUCCGUCGCCAUGUGGAAAGUGGACAACUACUUCUGGAUGCUGUUCUUCAACGCCACCAUGUGGGGCCUGAUCGCCUUCACCGAGAUCACCACCUUCUUCCGCCUGCCCUCCCCCGGCAAACCGGCCCGCGUCAGCCACAUGCUGCGCGUCCUGCGCGACCACACCCUGGGCGUGGCCUUCGACACCAUCAUCAUCUUCUUCUACCUGUACCAGUUCACGCCGUCCCACGUGUCCUCCAUCACCCGCCGCAUCGUCAGCUUCGGGCCCUUCGCCGAGCGCGACACGGUGGCCACGCACUCGGACGCCGAGGUCACCGCCCGCGCGCUGGGCACGACGGAGGACGACCGGGUCGUGAUUAUCAAUGUGUUUGGCGGGGCGUCGUUCGUGGCGCUGAUCCUGCUGUGCGUGACAGAAUGGAUGUGUGCCGUGUGUUAUUUCCAGGCCACCCAGAGUCGAUAUGUAAAGGUCAAGGAAGCCGAGCCGCUGGAGCGGCGCUGAGCGGGAGGCCGUUGAUCGUGCGCGGGGAAGCCGAUUUGUUGGAAAUGUUUUUAUUAUUCCGAUAAUCGAAUAGGAGAAAUGUUUGCUAUUAUUUGAAGGAGCGAUGCUGUCACUGAUCGGUAUAUCGGAUUUUAUUGUGUUACAAUGAUAGUUAUUGUAUUAUUGUACCAGCUUGUUGAUACUGCCGUGAAAAUGCAAUAUCGAUGUGUUGUACCUGUACAGGUUCAGAUGUAUCAGACUAAAUAAAUGCACACUUU